UACGGUAUGACUGAUAAAUCUCUCUCUAAAACUAGUUAUAUGCAUUUUAAUGGAUUAACCUGACAUAAACGCCUGUUUGUUCAUGCAGGCUAAAUGCAUGUGUUUAUGGAUAAAUUGUAUUCACUUUCAAAUGCUUUAGUUAUCAUAAAAGUAAAAUAUUAAAGUCGCUUUGUAAACGCAAGAUAAAUAGGAUUAAAAGUACAUGCUGCACCUCUGUGUAGAUAACCGUGGUUGUUAUCUGUAAGUUGAAUAGACCGCCUACUUCUUUAUUAUAUAGUAUCGUUCAGGUAGCUAUGCAUGUUGAGACGUCACUGCUGGGAGUAUUACGAAGCAUUUGAUUCAUCUCACAAACGCAUAGAGAAUAUUGAGCAGUUUUAAUAAGACCUCUAAAGGAUAUUAAUGUAUUGGAUCAAAAUACAUGAUAAUAGACUCGUGCAUAAUUCCCAUUGGGUAGCACUCUGCAUUAAUGAUUCAAGGCGUAAUUUGUAACGCCAACUAAACAUGCCAAUUGACAUCAGAUAAAACAAAAAUUCUUCAAAAGGAGAAGCAUUAAAAACGACACUGGCACAUUCAAACGUGAUAUUAAUGAAAAUAAGGUGUGACUUAAAAUCCACCCAUAGUCGUCAUUAUUUAAAUUCGUCAGAGAAAAUUAUUCCAAAUGUGCUGAAGGUGAGAGAGAUUUUUUUGUUCUGAUUUGCUGUUUUUGUUUAAUGUCGUGACGGAAGACAUCCACGAGAAUAUGAUGGAAAAUAAAAUGAACAUAACGCUUGCACAGCUGAAUAAACUUGAGUUAACAAAAUACUUGCCAGUUACGAUAAUUUUAGUGAUAAUCAUGUGUGUGGGAAUAGUUGGGAAUUUUUUGGUACUAUUCAUAUACAAACGGAAGUUCAAGCGAUCGAGUGCCAGGGUUUAUAUUCUAAGUUUGGCUCUAGCAGAUUUAACUGUGUGUAUUUUUGGCAUACCAUACCAUGUACUUGACUUGACGCUAAUACUGAACUACACCGAUAUAUACUUAUGUAAAGUGUUCAGUUAUUUCAUUGGAGCUUGCACUUUCAGUUCGAUUUUUAUUCUUAUUGUGGUCGGUUUGGACAGGUACCUUAAAGUGUGCAGACCAUUGAAAAGGCAAAUUGUUGACUUUGGAGACAGAAAAGCGUGUAUCAUAGCUGUAUUUGUUGCUAUAGUGAUAUCUGUUCCAAAUGGAAUAAUUUACGGUCAUAGUUCGGUUCACACCGGAGUGAAUAACCUAACAGGAGUAGAAUGUUUCAUUGCCGAUGAAUUUCAGGGUUCUGGACUCGCGUUUGGAUAUCUGGGUUUUACUAUGCUAGUAUUCCUAGUAUGUGUAGUGAUGCUGAUAAUAAUGUACGCUUUCAUAUGUCACACGAUAUAUAAAAAUGAUUCGUCGACGGGGGAGAUAACUUUGCAGAACAGGCGAAAAAUGUGUCUCUGUUGUUCCAUCGACUCACAUGAUGUGGAAGAGGAAGUGGGAGCGGAACAAGUAGAACUUCAAAAAAUCAAUACAUCCGCUGAAGAGCCGGACAGAAAACAUUAUAAAAAGAAAAACGAACAUAGAAAUAAGGAUAAAUUUCGGCACAGGGAGACAAUGAUACGACAUUCUCAGAGGAAGGGGACAAAAAUCGAGGAAAAGAAUACAAGAAAGAUAACUCUUAUGAUGAUGACAAUUACAAUUGUAUUUAUUAUAGCUUAUCUGCCUUUCAUUAUAAUUUCUACUAUGGAUAAUUUAGAUGAAACAUUUUGGGAUGAUUUGGCCGAGUCCAAAGCUUUGAUUUAUGAUCUGUUAUUGCGAAUUUAUCUCAUUAACAAUGCAGCGAAUCCUAUAAUAUAUAGUUUUUGGGAUGCACGAUUCAGAACGGAAACAGUUAGACUAUUUAGAAAAAUAUUGUUUUGCUGGAAUGAAUUUAAAGUAGAAACUAAAAGUAACAGCAAAAGUUCAUCAUCUAGCACUUCAACAAAAUUGACAGAAGGUACUUUGAAAUGAUAUCUUGCAAACUGUCGUUUCUUAUUUCAUUUUAUUUAAAUAGUUUAUCAACAAAAGGUAACAAACUCAUGAGUUGACAUAGUAAAGAGACUAGUGCAAUCAUUUGAGGAUAAAAGUAAUAAAUAUGUCUUACUUGCUUCUAAAUUACAGUAUGAAAUUUGACAUAUAAACAGUUAUUAUGAUUAGAAUCAGUUACAUCAGUUAACAUGUAAUGCAUUAAUCAUAUUAAACACGUUUUGCAAAUUUUGAAGGAGACAGCAAUCUUUAUAAGUAGGAACGAAAAGAAAAGUGUUAAGGGUAGUAUACAUAUAGUUUUACGAAGUUCAAAAAUCUUGUGUACAUGGUGGAAAUUUGCUUCACUGUCAGAGUUUUCAGUUGAUAACAAUUAAGUAAAUGUUUGCAUGCUUGGUUUAUUUCCAGUAAUAUCAAUUUACAAAUUAGCAAGAAUCGAUUAGAUGCACGAAUACAAACUCAAAGCUUUUAUCUGCUUCUACUGUACAGAUAUUCAAGUUUUUAUAAAAAUCUUUAUGCGUUGUCUUGCAUUCAUUAUCAUGCCAAUGCCUUUUCUUUAUCUGAUUCUGAACAAUAUGUAUUUCUUUUGAAACUAAGGUAACAGACACCUAUCAGAAAGUCUUUAAAAUGUUGUUGAUUUUCUUCAAUAUCCCAAAUCUUAAAUUAAAGGCUCAAGUGUUUGAUGUGCAUUGGCAUUUAAUGACUUCUUUUCUGUCAUGAUUCCAUCCGUAUUUGUAACUUACAUAUUCUACUUUCCCGUUACAUCUUCGUAGUUGUUCAGUUUACCUAGGUUAUUACAUUGAAAAGAAAAAAAAGAAUAUUGUUCGAUGGCUCAACAUAAUAAUUAUUUGAAUCUUCAACUUCAGAAGCAGUAAAAAUUUACAUGAUGUCUGGCUAACAAAAAAAAAUCUACAGUUCUAGUGCCCUAUAUAUAUCAUUCCAAACAUUUCUAUUCCUAAUUAUUUAACCUGUCCCUUCCGUUUUUGUUAACAACUGUGUCUUGAUCUAAGGUAUUGCAUCAAGGUUUAAAAGAUGCCCGAUUGUAACAAAAUCUCUUAAAUUCCCAAUCCCGCUUUAUGGGUCCCCUGAAAAGAACACUUUUGAAUUAAGGGAUUUAAACAUUGUAUCAUCUCUUUUGCUAUAAAAUCAAACGCGCAUUUAACGUUUAAUACUUCUCAAGAAAUGCCUGUCGGUACAUUGUAACGGGGCAACAUACAAUAUCGGAAACAUGCUUCAACAAAGAUUUAUGUAAUUUUAUCCAUAUCAUGUUAUUUAACCAUGUUAUCUUCACCAUUACAUGUGUGUCGCAUUAGAAAAUGCAGACUUAUGAUGUAUAUGGAAAUUCUGGUUCGAUAUCUUAUUGCACGUUUUGAAGGUUUGUAGCUGACUCGUUUUGUUCACUUAUUUUCUUUAUAUUUAGCGAGGAUGCUUUAAAGAAAAUUCAAUUAGCCUGAUUUUGAUUGAUAACCGCUUAAAUGCAGAACAAUGUUUUUGCAUAUUUACUUUGAGAGAAACAAAAACACAGUAUCAUACAUAUCUAGUUUUAAUUAGUGGCAUAUUAUGUCUUCGGCAGCUGUAUAAACCUAUGAAUCUCUUGCUAAAUAACUAAAAUGCAAUGAAAAAAAGAAAAACGUAUUUGUUUAUUGCCUACUUCAUCAGGUAUACGUGAAGGAGAACAUUUGGUUUUGUAUGUUACCUUUUGUUUUAGAAACCAUCUGUCAGUAUGUCUAUCACAUUAAAAUUGCAGGCUUUCAGAAACACACAGCUACUUCUAUCAAAAUUAUUUGCAAAGCAGCUAGUAAAAAGCUAUAUAUCAAAAUAAGUUAACUUUUUAACUGUACAUCAUUGUUAAGGUGUCAAAAUGCUUUUCAUUCAUGAAUACAAAAAAAAAUGUA